CACACGGCAAACAGAAAAUACCACUUCUGAUUUUUCCUUUAACAAGAGAUUACGAUGGAGAAGUUAACCGUCCUGUUGCUUCUGUGUGCUUCAAUUGCACUGGGCGACACACAUCCUGUCCAAAGCUCAGACUGGUACAAAUAUGGAUGUCCCUUAGGCUGGAACACAUAUGGAUCACGCUGUUUCAAGUAUGUCAAAGCUAAACGGUCAUGGGCCGAUUCAGCAUUGAAUUGCAUGGCACUUGGUGGAAGCCUGGCAUCCGUGCACAGCCUUUUAGAAUACAAGUUCAUCCAAGCUUUGAUCCUGGAAACAACUGGCAAGCUACCUAGCACCUGGCUUGGAGGUUAUGAUGCAGUCGUAGAAGGCAGAUGGAUGUGGUCAGAUGGCUCCAGCUUUGAUUACACUAACUGGAACACAGGUGAGCCCAAUGACGCUGGGGUAGGAGAGGACUGUCUACAGAUGGAUGCUUCACAGGAGAAGAGCUGGUUCGACGUGCCCUGUAAAUAUGCGUUUGCAUCCCUCUGUUCAAGGAGAAUGUGAGGCAGGCUACAUCACCUGAACCUUCAGGGUAUGAAUGGACUACACUUCAAAACAAUAUCCAAAAUCACUCACUGUUGCUCAAGAAACAAAACAAAAAUAGCUAGCAUGGUGCAUUGAAUGUAACAUUUCGAAACCCUAUGAAAGUAUAGGGUAAAGCAAACAAUUGGAUACUGAAAAAAAAUAAACUUUAAAGGGAAAUGCAGAAAUGUACACCAUGUCAUGUUGUUGCAAAUUAUGUUUUUGAAUUGAAAUGUUAUACUAAAAUAGGAUUUUCUUUUUUUAUAAUUCUUUUUUACUGCAGUAAUAAAAUGUUUAAUACUAUAAGCUACUUUUUUACCAGUGGAUUUCUUGAUUAUUAGACCAAUGAGUUGUUUAGAUGUAAGAAUGUAUGGUCAUACAGUGAACUAAAAUGUAUCAGCUUUAUAAAUGAGAUGUAACACAAUAUGUUCAGUAGAUGUAUUCAUUAAUUACUGAUUCAGAUUAAGGUAAACAUGAAUCAUUCAUAGUUUUUUUAUUCAGGUAAAAUAAAGCAUAAAUUAAUGUUAACUUAUUGCAUGUUACUCUUUAGCUGUUUUUUUACGUCUGGUGCUACAUUUCUCUGUGUACGUCACAGAGAAAUGUGACGUGCAAUGUGAGAGUUUUAAGUAAAAAUAGUUUUAAGAGAAACAAGGAGAGAGAAAGUUGCUUGAUGUAAAAAGGGCAUACAAAAUGUAUUUGAUUGAUGAAAGAGAGAGGUCUCCAAGCAAGAGAAAUUCUAUUUCUCCCCUGAAUGACGAUGAGGUUCUGAUAUGGGGUCGAAAAACAGAAAUAAACAAAAGUGACAGGAGCUGAGUGUCAUCAAAGGUUGAAAAUUAAGCCAUUUGUUUUCCCAACCUGCGUUUUGAAGAUUGAAACAUUGCUCAGUGAUCACAAGUGGCUAAAUUUGAAGCUUUCUACUGGCUUGUAUUGUCAAAUAUUACAUUUCCCGAUAAAACA